CGGAGGACCAAAAAUGGCGUUUUCGUUUACCGCAAAUUUGUUAUUUUAGUUCGCGCCUUUGUAAAUAUCUCCUACCGCGGUAUAGCGACCUGUUGAAUUUGUUAUUGUGUGCGGCAGUGUCGUGACAAUUAUACGCAAGAAAAUAUGCAUUCAACGAUGGAGCAUCUUCGACCGGAACAGCUGGUGGGCCUGGUAGCCCGUUCAGCAGAAGGAACAGCAGCCAAAGGAAUGGCAAUCAAAGGCCAUGAGGAUUUGUGGGUUGAAAUACAGGCUAAUACCUUUAGAAAUUGGGUUAACGAACAUCUGCGGCAUCAUCCAGCGACUGCUGACAGCCAGGGAGAAGUCGUCGACCUAGCCGAAGACUUCAGGGAUGGAACGCGCCUCUGUGCUCUGGUCGAAAUCCUGACUAAUAAACGCCUUCCCCGCUGGAAUUCACGUCCAGCAAAUCAGCACCAUCAUCUGGAAAACGUUUCUACUGCAUUGCAGGCCAUAGAAGCUGACGGUGUCAAGCUCGUUAACAUCGGCAACGUCGAUAUUGUCAAUGGAAAUUUAAAGCUGAUUCUGGGUCUGAUAUGGUCGCUUAUUGUCAGGUACCAAAUAGGAAAGUCUAAGUUCCCUCCUAGAAAACUAAUGCUGGCUUGGCUCAAGGCAGUACUACCAGAAUGUAGAGUUAACAACUUCACUACUGACUGGAACUCAGGCGUCUAUCUCAGCGCCUUGUUGGACUACUGCAAGCCUGGACUAUUUCCACACUGGCGACAACUUGAUCCGAAUGAUAAUGUCUACAACUGCCGAAAAGCAAUGGAGAUAUCAAAACGUGAAUUCGGUAUUCCAAUGGUUUUGGAACCGGAAUAUCUGGCUUCUCCGUACUUGGACGAACUCUCAGGAAUGACGUACUUGUCGUAUUUCAUGAAAGAAGGUUCACCAGGAUUUCAUGCCACCUUGAGAUGGGUCAAUUCUCAGCUACCACAUGCUCCUGUCAAGAAUUUCACCACCGACUGGAACGACGGUCGAGCGCUUUGCAGUAUCGUUAGGAAUUUAGGUGGUCCUGUACCAACUUAUGACAGACUUGAUACUGAUCCAAAGUCUUGGGAGCACAAUUUACAGCAAGGCAUCGAGGGUGGUAAAAAAAUAGGUGUGGAGCCCAUAUUGAAGGCUAAGGACAUGGCGGAUCAAAAUGUCGAACAUUUAGGCGUGAUGGCAUACGCCGCCUACUUCCAAUGGGUAAAACCACGUCCCCAAGCAAGUGAGCAAAUCGCCGUUCACGUUGACAGCACCUCUGCUAGAGUGCAACAGCCUGCACAUUUUAGAUUAGAGUUACUUUCAAAGGAAGUUAACCUCCGCGAUGUUCGAGGUGAAAUAAUCAGUCCUAGUGGACGGUUGGAGUGCAGACUCACAUGGAACAAUGGUCACGGAAAAGGGACGUUCAUUCCAACUGAAGUCGGGAUGCACAAGUUGAUGGUCUAUAACGACGGGGAGUUGGUGAAUGGAUGUCCGUAUUACUUUAGAGUAUUGCCUCCCUUGACCAAAAUCAAGUCCCCAGGUAUGGACCCCUGUGCCAUCGGCUCAAUAGUAGAAGUUCUGGUGAACAGUUAUGGUACUAGUCAUGAUGGCAUUGACGUAACUGCUUGGUCUCCAACUGGCCGAGCGCUGCCUUGCCCAGUAAAGGAAAACGACGGUGUUCACACAGCUACUUUUCAACCAGACGAGACUGGAGAAUGGAGUAUUGCUAUUACUCAUAAGGGUAAUCACAUCCAAGGUGGACCAUUUACGUGCUUUGUUUUUGACCCAAACGGUGUCAAGCUACUUGACAUGGACGGCGCGAUGCCAGGUCAACAAUUCUCGUUCAUCGUGGAUGCGCAGGGAACAGGCGGGCUUGGUGACGUCAUUAUCGAUGUGGUCCACGACAAGCAAUCAGUUGUAUACAGGCUUGAAGAGAUCAAACCGAUGCAAUACAGGGUGACUUUCACUCCACGAGACGCGGGCAAGUACCGGAUUUACGUGUACUUCAAUGGCACCGAUGUUAGAGGGUCGCCGUUUUGUCUACGAGUUGGAACGCAAAGAGGUUCGAGACGCUCAAAGGACUCGACCUCGAGUCUGGAAAAGACAAAGGUAUCCUCACUAGAGAGAAGGAUGAACGGAAUGGGCGUCAACAACGGACAGUCAAGUCCUGUGCAAAAGAAUUACUCUCCGAGCCCAACACAAGGCUUUGGCACAUUGUUCGGGAAAAACGAUUCCAGUAACACUGCAUCUUCGGCGUACAAAAGUUCGUCAAAUUUCAUAAAGGAAAGCAGCAGUUCGAUGUAUCACACGAGCAGCGCCGCAAAUCAGAGCCCAAAUUCAACCCUGAGAAAUUUGCACAGCCCGUCUUUGCUGAAAGAAGUGAAAGAGGCUUACUCAUCAAAUUCGAUCAAUCGAUCCCGGUCACCCAAUUUCAAUUUGACGGUGAAUCGGAACUCUCAGAGUCCCAAAGAGUCGAAAGAUGUGUUUUCCUUUGGUUCUUUAAAUCGAUCUCGAUCCCCAAAGCCAGCUAGUCCAAAUACUACGGCACGGAAUUUGCACAGCCCAUCGGUUAUCAAAGAGUCCAAGGAGAUUUACCAGUCCACUUCUCUCAACCGGUCGGCAUCGCCUAAUGUCAGUCCCAUGACCUUCAGAAAUGCAACCCAAAGUCCCGGGAAUCGGAGCUUGAGUCCGAGGAAUGACAAAGAAAUUUAUGGCAACCGGAGAGGAUCCAUGGACAACGGUGUUGUAGAUACGACAAGUAAUGUUAGAGUUUCAUCAAUGGUGGGUGGAACUUCUCGACGUGACUCGUGGGAUGCGAUAGCCAAAACAAAAUCGUUACUUUCAUAUGGGAGCCUCGAGUCUUUGGCCAACUUGGCAAAUAAUUCAUCAGCGAAUGAGCAUACAGUGACCAGUUCGAGGUUCACGAGCAACAACAGCACCAACAAUUAUAGAACUAAGAAUAAUUAUAGUACCACAAACGUAUCGCAAAGCCCGAAGCAUUCUGUGAACCACCGCAGCACUCAGCAGCAAAAUAUACAAACAUCCGAGUACAACUCGUCUCUCAAAUACAACGGUAGCACAAAUGGAGGCCAGCAAACACAUGGGAUUCUCAAAAAUAGAGAUUACAAUGGCUACCAAGGCAUCGACACCACCGAUGCAACUCACGAACGUCUUGUUGGAAAGAGUGGCUCCGCCUUCAGACCGACCAAGAAAGACAAAUUGGUCACUGGUGAUGCCCUCAGCAUUUUGCCGGUUCGUAGGCCGACGUCUUUCGCUCUGGACUUGAGCAUCGAUGCUAGUAAAGCAACAGUUCACGUUAUUGAUCCACACGGCAAAGAGUUGCCGGUGCAGAAAUCAGUGCUUCGCGGACAAAUUUUCACAAUCAUUGCCGAGGAAGUGGGCGAACACAUUAUAGAGGUGCUUGUAAACGGACACCAUCUCAAUGGUUCUCCUUUUAGAUCUCAAGCGUACAACGCAAGAGCCAUUCAAGUUGGGAAUAUACCUAAUGGAGUUGUAGAUCAGCCUGUUGAAUUCAAAAUAAAUGGAGCUACAGCUGGUUCUGGAAAUCUGGAAAUACUUGUGAACGGUGGCCAUGUUACUAGCUUUGUGAGAGCACUUGGUAAUCAAAGAUUUUUAGCUUCGUUCGUGCCACACGAAGCUGUUACACACUUGGUAGAAAUGACGUUCAACGGUGAAACAGUACCUGGUUCGCCGUGGCGUGUAGGCAUCAUGUCAGGUCCAAAAAUGUCAGUUGUUGGCGACUCAGUGAGAUUGGUCCCAGCCGGUUCCCCUGCUCUGUUCGAGUUAUCCGCCCUUGGUUUUACGAGCAAUGAAAUUGAUGUGCAAAUUCUCACUCCGACAAAAAGACACAUCGCUGCACACAUAGAUGAGGAACCGGGCCGCCCAGGGGAAUUCAGGGUCGAGUUCACACCAACCGAAGUUGGAAGUCAUCUGGUGGAGGUGAGCAUCGCGGGUCAAAAGCUACCGGCUGGACCUCUUGUCGCCAAAGUCUACAACAGCAGCUUAAUCCAAGUUACUGACGUCCCAAGUGCUGUCGUUGGACACGCCUGCCAAUUUCGAGUUGACGCCAGUGCUGCUGGCGAGGGACAGUUAGAGAUUUCAAUAAAUGAAGGGGAAGUUCCGAACCACGUUCAGGUGGUCGGAGGUGGACGUUGCCUUGUAUCGUUUACACCUGAUGUAGCGAAACCACAUUACAUCGACAUCAAAUUCAAUGGUGAAACCGUUGCUGGGUGCCCAUUUGUGUGCAAUGUUUCUGACACUAGCAGAGUCACUCUGAGUCUUGGACACUUGGAACUGAUCGCCGUCGAUCAACCGGCUUCUUUUCACAUGGCUGUUGACGGAAGUGGAAGCGCUGAGCUUGCAGUCUCUGUCAGAGGGCCGCUCACCGAGCUACCAGUCAAAGUGACGGGCAAUAUGCACAGUGGUUUCACUGCGGAAUUUACACCCCGAGACGUCGGUGUUCACUCAAUCAGUGUAGAAUAUAACGGUCAUCCCGUCAACGGAACCCCGUUUUUGGCUAAAGCAUUCAAUGCCGACAAAGUAUUAGUUGGCCCAGUAGCCAGAGGGAGCGUUGGCCAACCUACGCAUUUUACGGUUGAUGCUAGUCAGGCCGGUGAAGGAAAUCUCGAAAUAACAAUAUCGGCACGUGGUCACAAUAUCCCGACUCAGGUAACUCCACAAGGAAAUGCUAGAUUUUCGGUUAGCUUUGUGCCUUUCGAGGCAUGCGAACAUGUUAUCAGCAUUGCUUUUAACAAGAAGACAGUACCGGGAUGUCCAAUAUUAACCAGAGUCGGUGGUGACAGUAAUGUGACCGUUAGUGGGCAGGCGUUGAGCAGUGCAGGCUUAGGACGGCAGAGCUAUCUUACCGUCAGUAACGUUGCCGGUAGCUUGGAAGACCUUGAAGUUAAUGUUGAAGGGCCCAACGGACAGGCCGUCCCGGCUCAGGUCACUGACAACAAAGACACAACCUGCAGCGUGGCUUUCACUCCAAGAGUUGUUGGAGAGCACAGAAUAUCGGUGAGCCAUCGCAAUGUGCCCGUUGUCGGCAGCCCAUUCAGCUGCAAAGUCUACGACGUUGCUGCCAUCAAAGUGAAGGAUGCUAAACGAGGAGUGAUUGGUCAGCCUGCUACGUUUUUAGUUGAAACGAGCCAAGCUGGACCUGGGAAUCUGGAAGUUACUGUCAAUGGCGGGAGAGUUCCGACAUCCGCACAGGCCCAGGGUCCACACACGUACGCUAUAUCAUUUACACCUCGUGAACCAAUUGUUCACACUAUCGAUCUGAGAUUCAACGGCGAAGAUGUUCCUGGAAGUCCGUUUAGUUGUCAGGUCAGUGACACAGCAAAAGUUUUAAUCACUGAAGGAUUGGAAAAGGUCUCUGUAAAUCGGAUGGCGAUGUUUACUAUCGAAGCAGACACUUCUCUGGGAACUCCGACUGUGGAAGUUCUAUCACCAACAAGAGACAGUCUACCAGUACAAAUCAAACCUAUUAGAACUGGCGCUUAUAACGCCAGUUUCACUCCAACUGACGUCGGAGAUCACAGUGUCGAGGUAAAGCUGAGCGGUUCGCACAUCGAGGGCAGUCCGUUUCUCGUCAAAGCUUACAAUGCGGAUAAAGUCAAAGUGACUGAUAUAAACAACGGAGUUGUAGGAAAGCCCGUAUUUUUUAGCAUUAAUGCUAGUCAAGCAGGCGCUGGUAAUCUGGAAAUAAUAGUAGCGGUCAAUGGCAAAAACGUACCGAAUUAUGUGCAGAGCGAAGGAAAUGCUAAAUUCAGGGUCAACUUCAAGCCCCAAGAAGCUGCGGUACAUAGCUUGAGCGUGCGAUUCAAUGGAGAGCCUGUUCCUGGAUCACCCUUCAGCUGCAAGGUGGUUGGUGCAGGUCAGGCAGUUAUCACAGGCCAUAAUCUAAAAAUGGCAUCCAUAAAGCAAGUAACAUCUUUCACCGUUGAUCCUCAAGCCCCAUCAAUGAAUUGUGAUGUGAUAGUAACUCCACCGUCCGGAAUAGCCUUGCCAAUCACUAUUGAACCAGUCGACGAAAAGUAUAACAUAAGUUUUACCCCAACUGAAGUAGGAAGGCAUAAUAUCGGAAUACUCGUUGAUGGUGAACACAUAAAAGGAUCGCCACUGGCUUGCAAUAUUUAUGAUGUUACAAAGGUUCACAUUUCGGGACUCACUGAGGCGCUUUUAGGCCAAGCAACGACUUUCACAGUCGAUGCAGCGGAAGCUGGUGAAGGAACUUUGGAGCUCGUAGUCAGCACAGAGAACAACACUGUGAAGGCCGAGGUAGUUGCUUGUGCUCGCGGGCUUUACGACGUUACGUUUGUGCCUCAAACGACAAGCACUCAUUACGUCAAUAUCAGUUUCAACGAUGAUAACGUGCCAGGAAGUCCGUUCAAGUGUCCAGUCGUCGGAGGAGGUCUAGAAGGCCCGUCUGUGAUUAGAGUGGGCAAUACAGCUUAUAUGGAUUUAGAUAUGCCUGGAUUGGAGGGACCGAUAUCAGCUGAAGUCACUGGUCCAGAUGGUCUUAUCAUUCCAUCGACUUUGACAAAACUUUCGUUAACACUAUACCGGGUGGAAGUUAGGACACGCCUAGUGGGAAUGUAUAACGUGACAUUCAGCGAUGGCCACAAAGUAAUCAGCACACAAAGUCUCCAGGCGUUUGAUCCGAGUAAGGUUACUAUCAAGGAAAUAUCUGACACGGUCUGCCAUCGUCCUGGAACGAUAAUUGUUGUGGCAUCUAAGGAAGCUGGACCAGGUAAAUUAUCAGUGAAUGUUCGAGCUGGUGGAGCAGAUGUGGACAGUUUGAUACGGGAAGGAAACAACGGGCAUUACGAGGUCGUUUUCCACCCAACUCGUGCGGCACCGCAUAGAGUUCAUAUCAAAUACAACGACAUGCAUAUUCAAGGAAGUCCAUUGGAAGUUGCAGUUCGAGGACCAACUGGUGGACGUGAAGUGACUGCAACUGGACUGGGUUUAUAUCAGUCUUUGGUUGGGAAAGUUACAUUUUUCACCAUAGAAACUCUUGGCCAUGCCGGCAAAGAGUUUGAUGUGGUUAUAAGUGGUCCUCAAGGGAACGCGGUUCCUGUUCGUUGUUACCAGCAUCGAGACGGAAAUUUGCUCGCCGAAUUCACAACCAAUUCCGUUGGAAUGUACAAAAUUGAUGUACUCCAAGGUGCCAAGCCGGUGCUUGGCUCACCAUUUUUUUGCCAAGCCUUUGAUACUUCUAAGGUGAAACUUCAAGAUCUAGGACCAUCAGUUGUCUCGGUUCAUGACCGCAUUGCAUUUAAACUGUUGAGAGCAGAUGCUGGAAUGGCAGAGUUGGAUGUUAGUGCCACUAGUCCACUGGGAGAGGAACUUCCACUCCAAGUUACGACUCUCAAUGACGGAACUGAACUCAUCGAAUUAACGCCGAGCAUUCCUGGAAACUAUAUGGUCAAUAUAAAUUAUGGAGGUUCGCCAAUACCUGACAGUCCAAUAGUUUAUACGGUUGAAGCAGCAGGUCAGGCACGGGCCAAGGGAGAAGGAUUAAUCAGUGGUCACGUUGGAAAACCUGCCCAUUUUAUUGUCACUGGCACCAGAAGUCCACCGGCAGUUCAGGUUGACGGCCCAGAUAGCGUUUCGAAAGCAAUGGUUGAAGCUGGGGCGAAUCCUGGAACUUGGAAUGUUUCCUACGUGCCAACUGAGGUCGGUGUAUUCGAUAUCAGAGUCGUUUGUUCGGGACAGCAGCUACCAGGAUCGCCGUGGCAUCCAAAAAUCAUUGACACAAGAAAUUUGCGUAUUAUUGGUGGGUGGGCAGCUGUCUGCGAUGACGCAGGUCGACUGAAAGUUUAUCCGUUGAACAAAAUCAGUUUCGAUACAGCGGAAGCUGGGCCAGGCGAACUUAGUGGAACAAUAGGGGAUUAUCCUCUGAAUUUUGAAAUGACUUCUAGUAAUAGACUGAAGCUUGUUGCUCCUCAAAUUGCUGGCGGAGAGCACCAAAUGGAAAUAUUAUUCAACGGAGUGCCUUUUCCAGGUGCUCCAAAACUUGCUGUAACACCCGAAGUUGAGCCACCAGUUUCUGAUACAAGUAGAGUGAUUUUAACGGGGCGAGGAUUAGCGGCAGCGAAAUGCGGGGAGGAAGCUAGUUUUACAAUAGAUGGAUCGCAAGCGGGAAAUGGGACGCCAAAAGUUCAAUUGCUGUCACCGACGAAUGAGAUUACCGUGAUGCUUCAGCAUUUGGGUGACAGUGUCUACCGGGCAAGCUACAUUCCUCUUACAUCAGAAUCACUCUUACUAACGGUACUAUGGAAUGGCAGACAAGUGAAGGGGUGUCCCUUGCAGGUGAAUGUUGCCAGUGCUGCUGAUGCCGCUCGCGUGAUAUGCUCCGGCGAUGGAUUGAAGCAAGGAACAGUAGGCCAAGAGAUAAGAAGUUUCAUUGAUACACGGAGGGCGGGACCAGGUGAGUUAACAGCGAAUUGCGUGGGGCCUCACAAGGUUGCAUACUGCGAGUUGUACGAUCAUGGAGACGCAACGUUCACGCUGAAUGUCAAGCCUCAAGAAUCAGGCCGACAUAUCCUCACCAUAAAAUAUGCGGGGGAACACGUACCCGGCUCGCCAUUUACUCUGCGAGUUUCCGGUGCUCCUGACGCAUCUAAGGUGCGUGUCUAUGGACCGGGAAUCGAACACGGCGUCUUAGCAACAUUCCAGUCGCGAUUUAUUUGCGACACUCGAGGCGCAGGCGCUGGCCAAUUGACGGUUAGAGUGCGGGGACCGAAAGGAGCCUUUCGGGUUGAAAUGCAACGCGAGAAUCAAAAAGACCGCACAAUUUUGUGCCGGUAUGACCCUACUGAACCCGGAGAAUAUCGAGUCGAAGUACGAUGGGCAGGCGUACUUGUUCCCGGCUCACCGUUUCCAGUAAGGAUUGUUGACACACAAGACGAACUGCUGCUCCUUGCGCAGAGUACAGAUACUUAUUCAAGCAGCCAUCAGACUAUCACCUCGUGGCGUGGAUCACAGGCUAUUCUAUAGACUAACAAUCUAUAACGUUGUUAUUAUUAUAAGUACUACCAUUAUUAUUAUUUAAACUAAUAAUAUAUUUUAUUAUAGUAAUAUUAAUUUAACUUAUAUAAAUGUUUUCGAUGAAAUCAA